CCUGGUCAUCAAGUUCAGUCGCGGUCUGCACCUCAUCAUGUCCACACGUACCGUUUUAAAAUAAAAACAAUGCUCAUAUAUACAUAACGAUAUAUUCUAUAGUGUUUUAUUAGAUUUUAAAGAAGUGUGUCCGAAUAGAUUUUUACUAGCCGAACGAAUUGCUACCUUGAACUUAGUUAUUUGUCUUGUGGUUUUCCUUGUUUGACGAGAUGACUUUAAUGCUGUGUUUAAUACUUUUUGUCGCUCCACUGACACAAUGCAACCAGGUCCCCGACCCACAACUACUUCAAAGCGUGUUUGGGACCCCAGCGGGGUACGCUGGCCCUCUCCCCGGCCAAGUGGGCAAGCCUCAGGGAACCAACGAGACCCUGGUGGACCAUGACUAUUGGGACUCCGAUGAUUAUUAUGUGCCGUCGCCGGCUGACUACGACUCGUUUGAUUGGACGGUUACUAAGCGCAUAGCGACGUACUCAGAGGAAAACUUCCUACUUUCGCCUUUAGGCCUGAAGUUAGCACUGGCCAUCUUAACUGAAGCAGCAACAGGCCCCACUCAAGCGCAGUUGGCCUCCGUCCUAGGCUUUGACGUCAAUAGGACCGUGGUUCGGACUAAGUUCUCGUCAAUCAUAUCCUCUCUCCAGCUAGUAAAUCCGAACUACACCCUAAACGUUGGCAGCAGAAUCUACGUGGACAGCUCAGUGUCUGAGAGACAGCGGUUCUCUUCGAUUGCUGAGGAGUUCUACAAAACUGAACUGAAGAAGGUCGACUUCCGGUAUGCCGUGGAAACGGCGGCUCAGAUCAAUGGAUGGGUGUCUAAUCUCACUCAUGGGAAUAUACCUAAUCUAAUCGAUGAAGACGAGGUAAAAGGCAGUAUAGUCCUGGUCCUAACGACCCUGUUCUUCCGAGGCACCUGGAAACACCAGUUUAACCCGAACACCACCACCAAGGCUUUCUACGUGACGCCGACAUUACAGAAACAAGUGCCUUUCAUGAAUGUGAAGGACAAGUUUUACUAUGCGGAGUCGGCGAAGUAUGACGCGAAGAUUUUGAGGAUGCCAUACUUGGGUAAAAAGUUCUCCAUGUAUAUCGUAGUGCCGAACUCCCUGAAGGGUCUUCCUCGUAUCAUGGACUCUCUGGGUGACCUGCGUACGGAGAUGUCGCAUGUAGCCGAGCGCACUGUCGACGUUACGCUGCCCAAGUUCAAGUUCGACUUCACCGCAAUUUUAGACGGAGUCUUGAAAGACUUGGGCAUUCGGCAAGCUUUUGAAGACACGGCGUCCUUCCCCGGCUUGGCCAGGGGGCAGUCCGCUCAGAACCGACUGAAGAUCUCCAAGGUCCUACAGCGCUCUGGCAUCGAAGUCAACGAGUUGGGAAGCAUAGCUUACUCUGCCACAGAAGUAUCUUUAGUAAACAAGUUCGGCGAAGACGAAUUCAGCGCUGGAGAGGUGAUCGCCAACCGGCCCUUCUUAUUCUUCAUUGAAGACGAAGCCACAAGACAACUGCUGUUCACCGGGCGAGUGUCUGACCCUCUUGCGGCCACCGCGGAGUUUAAAGCGCACACGCCUAGCGCGUGUGUUUUAUUAGCCUGCCUCCAAAGUUUGCAGUGCAUGGAUAACAAAAGGCCAGACAAUACUCGUCUAAACUACUUCGACACAGAUCUCCUUAAAUACACAACUGAAGAGCGAAGUGGCAAUGUGGUGGUGUCGCCAGCCAGCAUCAAGUCAACGUUGGCUAUGCUUCUGGAAGGGGCUAGUGGGAAUACUGAGGCUGAAAUACGAAGUUCCUUGCGAUUGUCUCCGAAUAAAAAUGAGUUUCGAGAACAGCUGAAUGUUUAUUUAACGGCGUUACAGUUCAACACUACAGCAGCCAAACUUCAAAAUGCCAAUGGCGUCUUCGUCUCGAACAAAUUGAAACUGAAGAAAGAGUACGAAAAGGUCAUAGAAAAAAUGUACCUUACAAAAGUCGUCAGUUUGAAUUUUAUGGAUCCGGUGGGCUCUGCUGCCGCUGUGAACGACUGGGUUGGCAAUCAGACCAGGGGACUGAUACGAUCUCUGAUAGAACCUGCCCACGUCCCGCCAUCAUCCGACGUCCUCCUCAUCAACGCUUUGUAUUUCAAAAGCGCCUGGCAGCAUGCCUUCGACCGUAGUCUGACACGGUCUGCCUGCUUCCGCGUCCAGGGCAGCUGCAAGAAACAAGUCGCUAUGAUGGAAAUCAGCACUGAGCUCAACUACGCGUUCGUUGACAACUUGAGGGCUCAUGCUGUUGAAUUGCCUUAUGAGGGCGGGCGUUACUCUAUGGUCUUAUUGGUCCCACAAGACCACGACGGCCUGGCUGCGUUGAUAAGGGACCUGCCCUACAUGAGUCUCCCUCAGAUUUGCAAGACGAUGGAACCGUCUCAUGUGCAACUCUCGUUGCCAAGGUUCACCGUGGACUAUAGCGAGGAUAUGGUCGGACCACUUAGGAGUAUGCGAAUUACAACCCUCUUCUCAUCAAAAUCAAACCUGUCUGGAAUCAUCGAAGGUGGCCCCGCCCAAAUCAACCACCUAUACCACAGAGUGUACAUAUCCGUCGACGAAGACGGAACAGUGGCCGCCGCCGCCUCAGCCGCCAUGGUUGUGCCUUUAAUCGCAGGCAGUGUGCAACUUGUAGUGGACAAACCUUUCGCGUUCUUUAUAAAGGACAAUAAUUUGGGUUUGGUCCUUUUUGAAGGAAAGAUUGAAGAGCCACAUGAGUAUGUAGCAUCGAAAAAGAACCCAGAGAACAAUGUCGUUAAAAGCAGCCGGAAUAGAUACGGGACCCGAUUCUAAAAUUUGAUUUUAGUGAGAUUUUAAGACUUUAUGCCAUUAUAUACUACCUAUAUAAUUAUUUUGUGAUUGCAAAUCUACAUGGGUUGAUAAAAAUGAAAUCACCUUAUGAUUCCUCUAAACUCUUAUACCUACUUUUAUGAGUAAGUCUCUCUAGCU